AUGUCGCCAGGCCUCAGCCCCAAUGGCCAACCUCGACCCCGGACUGGGGAAAAAUGGCUGCAGAGGAUGGAGCACUUCUUCGGCCAGCAAUGGAAGGAUCAAGGCAUCUACCACUUGAUCAAGCUGUUCGAUCGGCUGCUCAUCAUGGACCGGUCGUCGACCACAAAUACUAUGAACCUCCGGUUUGGCAUGAUGACGCCAACCGUUCUAGACAUGGCCGCCCUAUUCAGCCUCUCCCCUCUUGGCGUGGAAGUAAACGCUGCUCUAGUCGCCCCUGAGGCUGAAGGGAGUUUUAAGGCCACAUGGCCUACGGUCAUCAAGCUUGCUGGGAGUAAGGCGAAGAACAUGCUCAACUAUUCCAGCUUCUACAGCAACUUCGGCGUGGAGGAUAGCGCCGAUGAUGAUUCCAUCGCUCCCUUGGGCGAGGUCGAGCAUGCUGCGUUCUUACUGUACUGGCUAUGCAAGUUCGUGUUUUGCACCCAGGCGAACAAAGUCACCCUGGAGUUCACCCAUCUGGCCGACUAUCUCGCGUAG